GAUUUGCUACGGACACUACCCAACAACCUGUGUUUCUCCUCCACAAAUUCCACCGGGAUCUCCCGUCUGCGUCGUGUGUUGCGUGCUUUGGCCUGGCUGUACGUGGAUGUUGGCUACUGCCAGGGUAUGGGACUGAUUGCAGCUAACCUGCUCCUCUGUCUAGAAGAGGAAACUGCAUUUUGGAUGAUGUGCAGCAUUGUUGAGGAUCUACUGCCCCCAUCCUACUAUUCCUCACUCAGUUUGUUGGGUGUUCAAGCCGAUCAAGCGGUUCUUUGUCACCUGCUUCCGUUGUAUCUGCCUCGAUUGGAUCAGUUGUUGAAAGAACAUCAGAUUGAUCUUCCCCUGAUCACACUACAAUGGUUCCUCACUCUCUACUCAAGUGUCUGUCCAACUGCUGUCACUUUACGAAUAUGGGAUUUGUUUUUCUACGAUGGAUCUGUGGUGUUAUUCCGCAUCGCUUUGGCUCUAUUACAGCUCAAACCACUAACCCAUACAGUUUUAUACUCAUUGAUCAAGCUCAGUCUCGUUGCUUGA